AAUGGGUACCUGUAAAAUAUGUUUUGUAAACCCCGUUUUGCUUUUAUUUCAUGUACUGGUUGUAAUUCUUGCUUUUGUCAGUAAGUGGUGCUAUUGUAACAGAGGUCAAAAAGUACGGGAAGUUGGAAAAAACCUCUUAGUUACGUACCCUGGCGUGGUAACUGAGAAAAACAGAAGAGGAGGACAUUUUGUUUUGAGCCAAAACUGGUUGAAGAAGACGACUUUAUGGCCACUUGAGUGAAGAAUCCAGAUCUUUGGAAUCAUCAGGUGUGCAGGGCUGCCCAGCUCCAACCUCCGGUCCCGCCUCAGAGAGGCGGAGAAACUCCACAGUACCUGCCUCCCGGACAGGUGAAAGAGAGAGAGAAAGAGAGAGAGAGAGACAGAAAGAGAGAGAGAGAGAAAGAGACUGCCACAGCAGCAAUACCCCAGCAUCCUGACAGCAACGCAGAAGUGAAGGGAUCAUCAGGAGAGACUGAAAAUGUAUUUGUUGGAGAGUGCACGACAGCUUUUCAACAACACCUCUCUGGCAGGUAAUAAAUAUCAUGGACUGAUGAACCAAGGAGCAACAGAUUACCUGAACAGUGUGCUGCAGGUGUUGUUCAUGACCAAAGACUUCAGAGAAGCUGUAACGAGGUUCUCUGAUGAAAAUCCUCACACUGAGUUUAUUGAUCAUCAUCUCAAAGCCUUGUUUGAUGACUUACAGAAAUAUACAACGUACACAUAUAACAUAACAAAGAAGCUGGGCAUCGACAAUGUGUAUGAAGAGCGUGAUGCUGCAGAGUAUUUUGAGAGGGUUUUAAGAAAGACCAGCCCUGAGGCAUCAAAGACCUUUUACGGCCUGUUAGCAAACAAGACCACCUGUCAUAGGUGUCAUACAGAGACUGACAGAGAUGCACCAUUCUGGCAUCUUCCUCUUUCAUUGGUGGAGUCCUGCAGUGAAGUCUACAGUGUGGUGAACGGCAUCGAGGAGUUUUUCAAGCCUUCAGUUUUAUGUGGAGAAAACCAGAUGUACUGUGAUGAGUGUGAUGACAAAGUUGAUGCUACUUUAAGAGAUGUAAUAAAACAUCAUCCAGAUGUUUUGAUUCUGCUGCUGAAGAGGUUUGAGUUCGACUAUGAUUACAUGUCAUAUGUCAAGAUCAGCUGUCCUGUGGAGGUUCCCUACACCCUGCAGAUACCAGAGAGUCAGACAUAUGAACUGUAUGCAGUUGUGGAUCAUUUUGGUCAUUUGAGAGGUGGACGUUACACUGCAACAAUCAAGAUCCAGGAGGAUGAAGACGGAUGGUUCAACUUUGAUGACACCAGUGUCACAUUAGCUGCAGAACAGCUGUUCCAGAAAGAUCACACUGAGAGAUCCCAGACUGCAUAUAUUCUGUUUUACAGAAAGAAGGAAGUUACUGGUACUCCAGACUUCAGGGUUGUGUCCAACAGUGAAAGCAUCCAGUUCACUACCAGUGAUCACCAUGAUGAGUAUCGACAAGCUGAAAAGAAGAGAAAGAGAGACGAGGAUGAGGCAACAGCAGCACUCUGUAAUGAUCCUGUAAAUGUUGUUUGUACUGACAAAGAUAAAGAUGAGACAGAGGUCAUGAGUCCUGAGUUUGGAGCAGCAGAGGUAUCACCUCCCCUCAGCUUGAAUGUAGAUCAUUCAGAAAGUGAAGUUCAUGUUGAGACUUUGAGAAAUGAAGGAACUGGAGUCAAUGAGUUGGAUCAAAAAGAAGGAGUGGAUGAUGUUAGACAGAGCAGACCAGAUAAUAACCAUGAUAUUAAACCUGAAGUCAGUGACAGACCUGCAGUGUGUGAUCAUGUAAACAAAGAUGAGACGAGGGAUGCAAAAACAGGUAAAGAUGGAAAUAAUGAAGAUAAACAAUCAGAACAGAAAUGCCAUGAAGAAGAUCCACAUGAUGAAGAAUCAGACGACUACAGACAGACCACAGAUGAACAUCAGGGAGGUGAAGAAAAGACUGGAAAAGAUUCCAGCGUUAAUCCUGCUCAUGUUCAUGACACAAAUGGAAAGACUGACUCUGAUAAACCAACAACAGAAAUGAGCUUUAAUAAACUUCAGGACAAAGAAGAAGUUGAUGAGAGCAAAGAAAACAUAAAAGAGGAUCAGAGUCAGAAACAGAGAAAACAACAGAGUGAUCACAAUGAUACACUAAACAUGCAGGAAAUCAGUGUUACACAUUCAGCUGAUGAAUCUGUUUGUGUGGAGAGACAAAACAGGAAUGUGACAGAGGACAGGAGAGGAAAGGAAGGAAGGGAUAUUCAAGCUUCCAUGGAAAAACAGGUUUACAAUCAAGGUGUGGAGCAUAAAGACAUGAGCAGAUUGUGUGAUUUUGGGCAAAACACAGCAGAGAAGCUCAGCAGCACCUCAACAACACACAAAGGUGUUCAGAAACAGACCAAAGAGCAGAAAAAUGAAGGAGAUCCUGAGAAAAUUCAAACCAGAGAGAAGUCCUCUCGGAGAAGACAAGAAACAAUGAUCGAGGAAGCUGAUAGAAACAAAAAUAUAAGAGCAGGAAGUUCUCAGUCAGAUGUCAGAGCUGGAAAUCAAGGAGUCACAGAAGGAGAACAUCAUUCACAGAAAUCACAACCUCAAAAAACUGAUGAAGAAAUCAGAGAGACGGCUGUUCAUGAAAACAGUGAAACAAAGAGCAGAAGAUUAAAAACUGCAGAGAAAGCCUCAGAGCACAGCACCAAGAGAAGUGAGAAAAUCAAAGGAAAAGCUGAAAAAAAAUCAUCUUCAACAAAAGUUUCAAUGAACACUUUGUCCUCAAGUGUCGACAGUUUAACACUGAAUGAAUCAAAUUUACCAGAGAAGCAGAAACAAGGAACCAACAAAAGAAAACACGAGGAGGAUGAGAGAAUUAGUCCAGAAACCACCGAACUGCUCAGACUCUCUAAUUUAGAAAUAGAAGCUCCUGCUGUGAAAAAUAAAGGCAAGAAAAGAGGGUUGUUCUCUCGACUGAGAAGCAAAAAGAAACAACAAAGCCAUAAAUCAUCAAAACCAAAGAAAACUCCUGUUUGUGCUCAAACUUCAUGCUUCAUCCAGGAUUCAGAUUCUAAUUAAGGUGAAAUCCACGCUGAAUAAAUUUGAAAGAUUAUUAUCUAUGUGUAUCAGUGUCAUAAUCCAGGUGAUAUUUUUAGUUUUUAAUUGAAUAUUAUUAUAAAUAUCACACCAACAGACAUCAGCAGCAUUCAGGCCAAAUGAAGAGCACUUUAAUAACUUUGUUUCUCCUGAUCUUAGAGAACGCAGUUUGGUUGUUGUGCUCCUCUUUGUGUUCAGGUGGAGAAUAACUCUGAAAAUUCACUUUAAUAAACAAACAGAAACACAAUUAUAUCACAUUUUCAGACUGAAGGGUCAAUCAUUUUUGUUGGUUGUCACUCUUGAAGUGUUCACAGAAACUGUUUAAUACUGAUAUAACUAUUACAUUGUGUUCACUUUUAUGAUUUUUAUCUUGUUAAAAAUACUUUAGAAUUGAUAGCAGUGAAUACACACUGAUUUUGUGUAUGUG